GAAAGUCCAAAUUAGAUUGAUUAGUCCAUAAGUCAGUUAUCAAGUUGGCCCUCAAACCACAAUGUUGAGACAUCUCAUGAGCUCUAAAUGAGCCAACUCACGAGUUGAGCUCAACAAGCCAUUGAGUCGAGCUAGCUCGCGAGCUUCACGAGCUGAACAUAGCUAGGCUCAAGCUUGGCUCGUCAGUAAACGAAUCGAGUUUCGAACGAGUUUUUCCCGAUUCGAGCCUCGAGUUGCUCGCGAGUAGCUUGGCUCAUUUGCAGCCCUAAUCCUAAAGGAUACAAUUGAUAUGAAAUUUGUACGUUCCAAUUAGGACGUCGCUAAUGACGUUAAGUUUAUUAAUUUUCAAUGUUUAGUUAUAAAUGAAAAAAUACUAAACACAUGCAACGAAAAAUCCUAAACAGGCAACGAAAACCCUACACAUGCAAUACUACUACCAACACAAAAUAGGGUCAGAAACUUACCUUGUGUUUACCCAUAAAAAAAUCAGCUUGUACCACAUCGAUUAAUUACAAGGGGAUUAAUGGAUUUAUAAGGCCAGCUCAACAUUAAUGAUUAAAAGAGCCAAGCUGGGCCUAGUUGGGUUAGAUUUUUGGGCCUAACUGGCCAACCCCCUUCUCCUCUAUACGAUGGCGACCCGUCUCCGAGGCCCCCAUUGCCGGACGAUGCCUCCACCCCUUAGUAUGAAAUUUGGCCUACAAAAACUAAGUCUUGGAAACAAGGCGACAACAAGGUGCCAAACGACCGGGUACCAAGCCUGGUACCAAAUAAGGGGGCCAAACAAGAGGGUAUCAAGACGCGGGUGGGUACCAAGCCGAAUACCAAAUAGGAGGCCAUCCAAAGGUUAAGUAUGGGAAACAAGGCGACACAACGGGGUGCCAAACGAUCGGGUACCAAGCCGGGUACCAAAUAGGAGGCCAUCCAAAAGCUAUGACACAACAGGGUGCCAAAUGACCGGAUGUCAACGACGGGGUAUCAAGCCGGCAAAGCAGGGCUUGAUACUUUGACAUAUAAUUUGGCUAAGUAUGAAGCAAAAGGGGUAUCAAGCCAACAAGGUAGGCUUGAUACCAAAAGAUAUAAAAAUUGGCUAAGUAUGGAGCUAAGGGGGUACCAGGCGAGCAAGGCGACCUCGGUACCAAGACCCCUACAAGGUACCAAGCCGGCAUGACAGGCUUGGCAGCUAAGCAAGGUGACAGGGUACCAUGACCCCAAGUGGGUAUCAAGCCGGCAAGACUGACUUGGUGGCCAGGCAACAGAGGGCCAAGCCAAGUACCAACUAAGAGAGUCAUACAGAAACUAAGUCUAGAUAUCAAGCCAACAAGACGGACUUGAUAGCCAGACAUCAGGGUAUCAAGCCAACAAGGUGGCCACCCAACUGAUGAGACGGCUUGGUAACAACCAACAAGUUCAUGAGGAGGGUUUGGUGUCAUUGAGGUGGUAGCGGUCUCAAGACGACAUGAGUGGGGAGUCAUCAUGAAGUCGGGGGUGAGAUCAAGACCUCAUCAUGGUUCAUGGAGACUAAGGCAAGAGCCUCAACCCCAUCCAGUUAUGACAGGGCGACAAGGCUCAACACCAACCCGACCCGGCAUCGAGGCCAUCAAGUACCCACCAACCCCAAGACGGGACAAGGGCCUCCAAGGCGAUGAUACCAACCAGUCAACAAGACGGGUCUAGGAACUCCAAGGCAAUGGAGGUGAAGACCAAGACAACGGUUACCAAUUUGCAACCAAGGCAAGAAAAGGGGUCCCUAAGGCGGUUGGAGCAACAAGCCGGCUAGCAGUUACCAAGGCGGUUACCAAGGCAGUUACUCCUAGUGGCUAUAAAUAGAAGAAACGAAGAAGAAGCAAGGGUUCCACAACCAAACAUUUGACACACAAUGUCAAAAUUUAUUGAACCUCCAUAGGAGUAGAGUAACUUAGAUUGUUCCCAAAAACCAUAAAAAAACAUCAAACACCCUCGUUCGAACAUUUUUCGGAGAGGAGUGAACCAUGUUAUUAAUCGUUGUUCGAGAAGCCAAGGUGCAUUCAUUGUGUUCAAGCACUAGUUUUUCCUCGCCGGAAAACACCUUGUCUAACAAAUCAACACGUAUAAGAGGGAGCUGGACGACGGGAGCGACGUCGGAAGACGUAGAAUGGCCAACGACGAAGCUUUUCUGUGUGGAAAGCGAUACAAAAUGACUCUGUUAAUUCAAAAGUUGUAUAGCCUGAGUUGUUGUCCCAAAUGACUCUACCGCUACAAGCAUAACGUAAGUUUCAGAACGUGCUUUCAUAUUCUGAAGCAUUUCUAAAAUACAUUCGUCAUUAAAUUAUGAGAGAUGUUAAGACACCCACUGAAAAAUCAUUCAUAAUUUUAUCACUCAUUUGAUUCUGAAGUGUUUCUUCACUUUGGUCAUUGCGGAUUUGCAGUAAGUGUUCUUUUGACACUUGAAUGGCAACUGAUACCAACAAACGUUUAUAAUUUUUGAGAUCUUGUUUAUAUUAAACUCGGUUACGUGAUAUAUGAUCUAGAAAUCACACAACAUUGUUCUUUAAUAAAGUUAUUUACAAUAA